UGGUGUGCUCAAGUCAGUACGGCAUCGACUGCGCAACGAGUCAGACGCAUCAACGCCAAACGUCGUGACCUCAAAAAAUCAGAAAAAUUAAACACACAAAUUUACCGUUGUCUCUGGUAAAUGCAUUCGCAUUGCUUCAAACUUGUAAGCAAGUAGAUAAUUUGGUGGCUAUCGAUAUAAGCGAAAACUAUCGCAAAUAGUGCGUGAAAUCGAAAUUGAAUAAAACUGACUUGUGAAUUCCUCGUGGCCGUUAAAAGUCGAGCUGGUAAAGCUUUUUCGCGACUUUUUCUGUGGCUGUGAACUAUGACUGUGACCGCUUUUGCCGCCGCCAUGCACAGACCCUUCUUCAAUGGAUAUUCAGCCAUGCAAGAAAUGAAUAGCGGCCAAGGACGUGUCAAUCAGCUGGGAGGAAUGUUCAUCAACGGCCGCCCGUUGCCUAAUAAUAUCCGCUUGAAGAUCGUCAACAUGGCCGGCGAGGGAAUACGUCCGUGUGUGAUCUCUCGACAGUUACGCGUCUCCCAUGGCUGUGUGUCCAAGAUUCUGAAUCGCUACCAGGAAACGGGCUCCAUUCGACCGGGCGUUAUUGGUGGUUCCAAACCACGCAUAGCCACGCCCGAAAUUGAGAGUCGCAUCGAAGAGUACAAACGCACCAAUCCCGGCAUGUUCUCCUGGGAGAUCCGCGAAAAGCUUAUUCGAGAGGGCUUCUGCGAUCGUAGCAUGGUGCCGUCCGUUUCAGCUAUAUCUCGCUUGGUGCGCGGUCGCGAUGCGCCUGCUGAGGCGGACUCCGCCAAGCCCUCGUCCAGCUCGAACAGCUCCGAUCAGUGCGGCUCGAGCUCCACGCACAACAAAGCCACCGACGACGAGGUCUCCGACUGUGAAAGCGAACCGGGCAUUGCAUUGAAGCGUAAACAACGUCGCUGCCGUACCACCUUCUCGGCUGCCCAGCUGGAGGAGCUGGAGCGCGCCUUUGAGCGCACGCAAUACCCGGACAUCUUCACGCGCGAGGAGCUGGCUCAGCGCACCAAUCUGACCGAGGCUCGCAUCCAGGUGUGGUUCAGCAAUCGUCGCGCUCGCCUGCGCAAGCAGCACAACUCCGUAACCGGAUCGAGCAACAGCACUGCCACGCCCACAGCAUCUAUGCCAAGCAGCAGCAACAGCUCCCAUCUAUCCCCAUUGACCAUGAUGAGCAUGCCGCCGUCAAUGGAGGCAGCUGCUUCCAUCUACCAGCACUCAUACGAUUUCUACAACAAUCCCACCAACCCGAGCAGCAGCCACAGCACCAGCCUCUCGCCCCUCUGCAGCACCUUGUCACCGUUGAACACGGCCAAUACGCCGCCGCACCAUCACCAAUUCUAUAACACGGCCAGCUACAUUAUGCCCAGCUCGGCGACCAACAAUGUCGAGCAGACGCACUAUGAAUCCCAACUGGGCUCCGUUUACAGCACUGAAUCUGAGCCCCAUCAGACAAUGCCACGUAAUCCAAGUCCCAAUGAGUCCAUCUCCUCCACCUUUGGCCAGCUGCCGCCCACGCCCAACAGCCUCUCGGCCGCCGUCGUUAUGCCCAAUGAGCCCACCCCCACAUCUCUGACCAAUGUGAGUGGAGGCAGCGAGGAGCUGUCGUCAGCCCUCAAAGUGGAGGCUGCGGAGCUGGCGGCCAGUGCGGCCAGUGCGGCCAGUGUGGCCAGCGUGGCCAAUGGCAUCCAGCCACAGCUCUAUAGCAGCUGGACAAACACUGGCAACAUGCAGAGCAUGCGGCCCAAUGCGCCGCUCUCGCCGGAGGAUUCACUCAACUCCACCAGCUCGACGAGCAAUAUUCUGGACGUAUCUGUCUCGGCUGCUGCUGCCGCUGCCCACCAGAUGUUCCAUCCGUAUCAGCACACAGCUGCCGCACAAUAUGCUCCGUAUCCAACCAACAGCACACACUCGCACACACACACCCACACGCACACGCCGCAUCAUCCGCAUCACGGGCAUCCACAUGGCGCGCAUCCCCAUCCCCAUGCGCCGCAUCCCCAAUAUGGAACGCCACACUAUCCGCCCAAUUCGUCGGCGCACUUUAUGCCGCAGAACUUCAAUGCGGCCGCCGCAGCUGCUGCUGCCUUCUCCUCGCCCAGCAAGAUGAACUAUUCAACGAUGCCGCCCCAGCCGUUCUACUCCUGGUACUGAGGAGGGAGCGAACCGGAGGCAGCGGGAGUAGGAACUAAAGGAGCAGCUUAAACUGAGGAGGAGCAUCUGCCAAUCUGAGGGAGGAGAAGGCCACAGAAGCUAUCGAAGCAGCAGGAGUAGCAACUGCUAGAUCCUGGAGCAGGUGUUGAGUCGCCUCCCUGACCGUUGACAUCGCCAAAGAUUCAUGUACACUAAAAUGGAUUCGCUUCCACAAUUCAAUCUCUAAGCAUUUACCAACAUAUUUUUUCUCUGUAAUCCUAAGUCUUCAGUUU